AUGUCGAAAGAAGUUCGCAAAGUGUUAGCAACUCGCCGGGCUACUGUUGGAAAAGUAAGUAAUAGCGAAGCCAAUUUAGUAAGAUUAGCUAUGAAUCCUUGCGACCAUCCGCAUGGUGGUGGUGAACUAAAAGCGGGAGUUGAUCAUGCUUCACCACCUAGUAGAAAAGAGGGUAAAAAAUCUGCAUUUAAGACUCGAGCCAGAGGCUCAGUAAUUAGUCCCGAAAUGAUUGGUCAUACCUUACUUAUAUAUAAUGGUAAAAGUUUCUUAGUCGACGAGUUACCCAAGACAUGGUAG